CGAUUGUGUUUGUGAUUUAGGGUUUUGAUCAAGAUGACGCCAGUUUGUCCGUUUGUGAAAGCGUCACGCCCUGAUGAUGCUUCUUCAAGAAAAGGGGGUGAUAAUUCGAAUAAACCGCCGGCAGAGUGUCCGUUUGCAAAAGCAUUUCGUGGUGAUGAUAACUCCUCAAAGAAACCUGGUGAGAAUUCGGAGAAAUAUCAGGCAGAAAAUGAGGUUAACAAGGCAAAGAACGAAUCGAAUACUAACCCUGCCACCAUUUCUCCAAGGUGUCCUUUUGGAUAUGAUUCUGAAACGUUUAAGAUAGGUCCACUUAGUUGCAUGAUUUGCCAAGCGCUUCUCUUUGAUACUAGCAAAUGUGUGCCUUGUUCUCAUAUAUUUUGCAAAGUAUGCAUAUCACGCUUUAAGGACUGCCCAUUAUGUGGGGCUGAUAUUGAGAAGAUUGAACCUGACACGGAACUUCAGAAAGUUGUUGAUCGCUUCAUUGAAGGUCAUGCUAGAAUCAAGAGGUCUCAUGUUACUUCCGACAAAGAGGAAGAAGUAGUGAGUGAAAAUAAAAAUGUGAUAUAUGAGGAUGUCUCCAUGGAGAGAGGUGCUUUCUUGGUUUCUCAUGCCAUGAGGGCAUUUCGCGCCCAGAAUGUAGAAAGUGCAAAAUCAAGACUUAGUCUCUGUGCAGAAGAUAUCAGAGGUCAGAUAGAAAAAAUGGGAAAUACAUCAGAGUUGUGUUCACAGCUUGGAGCGGUUCUUGGCAUGCUUGGUGACUGCUGUCGAGCGAUGGGAGAUGCUGCUUCUGCAGUUGCUUAUUUCCAAGAGAGUGUUGACUUCCUCAUGAAAUUGCCUAUGGAUGAUAUGGAGAUUACACAUACACUUUCUGUUUCACUUAACAAAAUUGGAGAUCUGAAGUAUUAUGAUGGAGAUCUGCAAGCUGCAAGAUCUUACUAUUCUCGUUCUUUGGAUGUUCGUCGUGAUGCCAUCAAACAUCAAUCAAAUGUUCAAUCCCAGACUUUGGAUGUGGCUGUUUCCCUUGCAAAAGUUGCAGACGUCGAUAGGAGUCUUGGUGAUGAGAAUGUGGCAAUUGAUGGAUUUCAGGAAGCCAUCCAAUUGCUGGAAUCUUUGACAUUGAAACCUGAAGAAGCUGCUCUCGAGAAACGGCGUCUUUCAGUGCUGGAAUUUGUCAACGGCCAACUCGGAGAAAAACAACCUGGGUCAACCACCUGAGGCGUCUUCAGAAUUGCAAAAUUUAUAAGUGAAAUAAAAUAGGCCCUACUGUACAUACUAAUAAGCUCAAUUUAGCCAAGGCAGUCUCCAGAGAAUGAAAAGAGCUUUCAUGAGUCGAGCGAAGAUAUUAGGCAGUCCUCUGCAAAAAUGAUGCUGGUGAUUUGGGCUAUGAAUAGCAUCUUGCCUUGUGAAUUUAAAUUUUGAAGAGUACUUAAAAGUUUUUAGCUGUGGAUCAAUGGCUUAUAUUGGCUCAAGUGCUAGUAUUCUUCUUUCAGGUAAUGGUGUGUAAUUCUUUGUUUUGAUGUGAAUAACCCAUGUCAUGGUGAUCUUUCGGAUGAUAUUAUACAGUGGGCGCACCUUACAUAUUUCAGUAUGGAGUUCUGUGUAAUGGACUAAAAUGAAAGAAUGAUGUAUUGUUAUGUUUGAAAUAAAAUAAAUAAGGCUGUGUUAAAUAGCUGGUGAA